UGUGUCAGAGCUGGAAAGGCUGUGUCACUUCUGGUGAGGUUGCUCUGCUCUUUCUGCAAACAGCUGCUGAAGAGUGAACAGUCUGCGCUGAGUAUCAGUCCUGCAUCAGGGUCACCAUGAGCAAGUACAAAAUCCAGGUCUUCACUGGUGACGUUCUUGGCGCUGGAACCUCUAACAAGAUCUACAUCAAGUUAAUUGGAACACUCUCUAGCAGUGAACCCCAACAGCUUAAAACGCUCACAGGCUUUUGGGCCGGAUCAGUGCAAAAUUUCACAGUCGAAUGCAAAGCGAAUAUAGGCAAACUCUUACUGGUUGAACUGGAAGCUAAGUCACCAUCCUUUAUGGCAUUUGUGGAUGACGACUGGUUCUGCUCCAAAAUCAUUGUAACGACACCUGAAGGAGCCUGUAUGCUUUUCCCAUGUCAUAGCUGGAUGAACUGUGAUAAGAAGCUGAUUCUCAGGGAUUCUGUAGCCGUGCUAAAAACCCAGGACACAGCUCCUGAACUGCUGGCACACAGACAUGACAAUCUGAAGAGACGAUGCCAAGACUUUAAGUGGAGUAUACUUUCUCCAGGAUUACCUCAUGUUGUCCUCGCUGAAAGUCCAAGUGAGUUGCCACCUGAGGUCAGAUUCUCUUUCACCAGAGAAAAAGAAUUCCUGUUCACCAGGGGUGCAGCUUUCAUGAAGCUGAAACUGGAAUUCCCUUCAGACGACACAUGGAACAGCAUUGAAGAGCUCAAUGGGAUUCUCUCCUACAAGACAAAGACUUUUGAAUAUGUGCAGAAGAACUGGAGGAAGGAUGAAUUCUUUGGAUACCAGUUUCUAAAUGGUCUGAAUCCCAUGAUCAUCAAGUGCUGCUCAAAGCUGCCUGAGAAAUUCCCAGUCACAAAUGAAAUGGUCAGAGGUUUUUUACCAGAGUCGAGCACGUUGGAAUCGGAAAUGGCGAGGGGAAAUAUCUUCCUCUGUGACUAUGAAAGGCUGAGAGACCUUGAGGGAAAUGAGAUCAACAAGAAAAAGCAGUAUCUGGCAGCUCCACUCUGCCUGCUUUUCAGCACUCAGGGCAAACUGAUACCAAUUGCCAUCCAGUUGAACCAGGAGCCUGGAGCAGGGAGUCCCAUCUUUCUGCCCUCCGACUCUGAGACUGAUUGGUUGUUGGCGAAGAUCUUUGUGAGAAAUGCGGAGUUUAGUGAACAUGAGCUGAACUUCCAUCUGCUGCGCACUCACCUGCUGGGCGAGGUCUUCACUGUGGCCAUGAUACGCAACUUGCCUUCAUGUCAUCCCCUGUAUAAGCUCCUGCUGCCCCACACUCGCUACACGCUCCAGAUCAACAUCAUGGCCAGGAAUCGGCUGAUCUCGGUGGACGGGUAUUUCGCUAAGUGCACUGCCAUUGGGAAGUCUAUGACCAUCCUCCUGAAAAGAGCAGCCUCUUCUCUGACGUACAGCUCCCUCUGUCUGCCGGAUGAUAUCAAGGAGAGGGGAUUGGAGACGAUUCCCAAUUACUACUACAGAGAUGAUGGUCUGGACCUGUGGAACAUCAUUUACAAGUUUGUGUUUGGAUUUGUGUCGCAUUACUACAGCGAUCAAGACGUCCAGGAAGACAAGGAGCUACAGGCUUGGCUUACCGAGAUAAGAGAAAACGCCUUACUGGACAACAGUGAAGCUGGAUUUCCAGAGGAUUUCUCCACCGUCAAAGAGCUGGCUAAGUUUGUGACCAUGGUGAUCUUCACAGUGUCUGUCCAACAUGCUGCGGUCAACAACGGCCAGUUUGACUUCGGGGGAUGGAUGCCUAACUUUCCAAGCUCUCUCCAAUGUCCACCACCUAGCCAUAAAGGAAGCACCACAAAGGACUUCCUUCUUGCGGCCUUACCUGAUGUCAGAACCACGGUUCACACAAUGGCUGUUGUCUACUUGCUGAGCCAGGGCUCCUCUGAUCGGUAUCCGCUUGGACAUUACCCCGAAGAGCUGUUCAGUGAGGAGACGGCACUGAAACUGAUAACCCAGUUUAAAAAAGAUCUGCAAGAUCUUGAGAAGAAAAUUGAUACCAGGAACAAGAAGCUUGAUCUGCCGUACACAUACCUGAACCCACGAAAUGUGGACAACAGUGUUGCCAUUUAGAGUGAGGGUCUCAAAAGAGUCUUUGACUUGAUCAUGUGUUUUUCUUCUGUUAGCACUAACCACAUCACUAACCACAUCCCUGACCACUCCUUAACGUACAGAACCCUCAACAAAUAUCAGCACCCAUCAGAGCAUGAACAAAAUGGGCUGUAAAAAUGACUUUAUUUACUAUUUAUUAUUACUAUUUCUAUUCCUACUAUCCUUUUUUGUGCCACAGUUGUUGGCACUGCUUCAUUUAAUCCUUUGUGCCGCCUCCCUUUGCCAAGAUAACAGGUCUGAGUCUUCUCCUAUUAUGCUUAAUGAGACUGGAGAACACAUGUUGAAGGAUCUGAGACCAGUCCUCCAUACAGAACCUCUCCAGAUCCUUCAGAUUCUGAGAUCCAUGCAUGAGGACUCUCCUUUUCAGCUCAUCCCACAGGUUUUCUAUGGGGUUUAGGUCAUUGGACUGGGAAGGCCAUGGCAAAACCUUAAUUCUGUGGUCAGUGAGUGACUGUUAUGUUAAUUUUGAGCUGUGUUUUGGAUCAUUGUCCUGCUGAAAGAUCUAAUCACAGCCCAGUUUAAGCUUCCUGGCUAAGGCAGGUUUUGAUUUAAUAUCUGCUGGUAGUUGAUGGGGUCCAUGAUAGUAUGUAUCUGAACAAGAUGUUCAGGGCCUUUAGAAGACAAACAGCCCUUCUUUGGCCACUUGAACCAUGCUCCUCACUGUAUGUGGGGUCAGUAUAGACAUACGUCCUCUUCCCAGCAGAUUCUUAACAUCUCCAGUUGUUUUACGCUUCUUAAUUGUUGCCCUGAUAGUGGAAAUGGGCAGUUUCGACUCCUUGGCUAUUUUUUUGGCCAUUUUCCAAUUUGUGCAGCUCAACAACCUUUUAUCAGACAUCACUGCUGUUUUCUCUGGUCUUUCUCAUAGUGAUGGAUGACUGAGGGAAUCUGGCCUGUGUGUCACCUCAUAGUUAUACCCCAGCGAAAGUCAUGUCAUUUAAGUGUUUGUAACUCAUGAGAACUUCUGAAUUGUCUAUAUUUAUAGAAAUUUGAGAAGUUAAACAUGAAUUUCAUAAAAAAGUUUUUUUUCUCCCUUCCAUUGUUGUACUUCAAAUAAAGGUCAGAUCUUGGUUAAUGUUUUGAAGGAAUGAUCAAAAGCAUAAGCUAUAAAGAACUUUUUUUACAGCCUGUUUUACUUAUGUUACCAGAGGCGCCAGUAUUUCUGGAAAGACUUGAUCAUAUGGAAAGGCCUUUUGAGAGGUGAAGGGUUGUCUCUUUUAGUACUAACAAAUAACCUAUAAUACCAUGAAAUGUUUAUGCAAGGAAAAAAAAAACAUUUGAUUUUGUUUACUUAUCACUAUAUAUUAAUGUGUUCUGUUAUAUUUCAACAAUAAAUUUAACAGAAACAGAA